AAAACAAAUAAAGGAAAAUAAAUAAAUAAAAUAAUAACACAUCCUGACCGCAAGAGGGCGGCGCAGUGACGUCACUGCGUGCGUCAACACCAAGGACGCGAAGAAAAGCGUUUGGCGCGCGCGCUUUGGAAAUGGCGGAGGACCGUGAAGAAAACAUGGGCUCCUCAUCAUCAGAUUCCCUCAAACUGUACGAGGCGCAGUUCUUCGGCUUCACCCCUCAGACCUGCAUGAUGCGGAUGAACAGCGCCUUCCAGGACUGUCUGUACGAGAUGCUUGUAGUCGUCGAGUCCGUGUUUGUCCGGAAACUGUCACAGGGAAAAGAUCAGCCCGAAGAGCUUUGUAUAAAGACUCGAGAGUGCACGCAAAAACUGCUUCAGUUCCUGCAGGAACGCUUCCUGAAGCUGUCGGGUCGCAUGGAAGCUCUGUUGGUUAACAGUGUGCUUUCGGUACCCGAAAACGUCCUUCUUCCCGAAGACGAUUCGCACCGCAAAUACCCAGAGAGCAAAGAACAGCUUUUAAAGCUGGAGGCUUCGAUCGCAGAGCUGCAAAAGUCUUACGAGGCAGAGGUGUGCGCAAAACAAGCUCUCCUGGCUGAGCUCACUGAGCAGAAGGAAACACAGGAGCAGCUGGAUGAGGUGCUGCAGUGGAUCGACGAGCUGCGGUUAUCCUGUAGGAAAGAGGGGAUGGGAAAUAUACGGGACAGCUUCCAGAAUAUGAUUGAGACUGUGAACCAGCUGCAGGGUGAGAUGGCGAAAAUCCAGAAGAAGAGCAAAUCCCUGGAUGAAGUGUAAUACUCCUUUUGUCUUAUUCCUUCUUUGAUGCACACCAGUUAUGCUUGGUUGCUUAAAGAUGGUCCAUCCACAAGGGGGCAGCAGCACGCAGUCUGGUUAUGCCACCUUGUUGACCCGCCAAUGUGCUGUUCUCAGCAAGGCGUCGCAUCUGAAAGCCUGAGGUUCCUUCUUUGACAUUUGAAAUGCAGUCACCCCAAAUCCUAUUGUUUCCACCAAAUCUAUUGUCUAUACCAUGCCAAGGCCAAGUUCAUGUGUAUUCUCAUCUUUUUUUUUCCUUCAGUGCAAUGAGAUCAAACUGAAUUUCUUAUAUGCCCAAGCCUGUGUGCUUUCUUCCUUGUUCUCAGCAGGAGGCCUGUAUACCUUAUUCAGGGUCUGUCCUUUUACACGGUGCAUCGUGCCCCACGAUCGUAGACACUGUUAUAAGAUCUUUUUUAUUAAGCACUUUAGCUUUGAACAAAACCUUUCAGAAAUGUAAUCAGUUGUCAGUUUUCUUUGUCAUGUUGUAAACACAAUAAAAAUCCAUGCUUAUUUUUA